AUGGAACACGGCCGCCAUGGCCGCCCACCAACGCAUCGACGCGCUCUCGGUGACGGCAUUCACCGUGCAAAUGAGAAUUCUCGCGCUCAGCGGCAGAGCGAGAAGCAUACUUUCGAGCACACAACUCCUCCAUCUAAAUCCCUACCCCAUAAUGAGUCGAUAGUACCGAAUGGCACGCUCGGCGUGCACCAUGAGCAGUCAUCAGCUACGCCAGAGAACAAGCGCCUCUCUGCUGUGCUUGCUCACGAGACGCGUCCACACAUUCCUAAACGCGACUCUACCAUUUCCAAUACCAGCACCAACGCGUCAAACACCAAUCGCCGCCGGAAAACACACAUUGGGCCAUGGCAGCUUGGCAGGACUAUCGGUCGUGGAGGGUGCUCACGUGUGCGUCUGGUCAGGCACAGCAUGACCGGCCAGUUUGGAGCCGCCAAGAUCAUAUCCAAGACUACGGCAGAGAAGGUGCGAGCGCUAAGUUUAGCAAACCUGAUCCAAAGUGCAGAGCAGGAUCCGACACUGCAUCCCGAUGGCAAGCUUAUCCCAUUCGGCUUAGAGCGUGAGAUUUGUAUCAUGAAGUUGCUCGAUCACCCAAACAUCGUUCGUCUAUACGACAUCUGGGAGAACCGGGAUGAGCUCUACCUCAUCAUGGAGUACGUUGAAGGCGGCGAGUUAUUCAGCUACAUUCACGAGCAAGGCGGAUUGAUCGAGAUCCAUGUUGUCCACAUCUUCCGCCAAAUCAUUGCGGCCUUGAUCUACUGCCAUCGGAUCAGUAUCCAUCACCGCGACCUCAAGCCGGAGAACAUUCUGUUAGAUCGGGAAACAAUGACGGUAAAGUUGGUUGACUUUGGCAUGGCAGCAUUACAGCCGAACGGCAAGAAGUUGACGACACCCUGCGGAAGUCCUCACUAUGCAGCACCCGAAGUCAUCAAGACUACAGCGUACGACGGUGGGAAAGCCGAUGUUUGGAGCUGCGGAGUCAUCCUAUACGUUCUACUUACCGGCACCCCACCCUUCAACUACUCUGGUGAGGACAGAGAUCUCAAGUACCUGUUCAAAGCAAUCGAGAAGGGCGAAUACGUGAUGCCGGAUACUUUGUCACGCGAGGCUACUGACUUGAUCAGACGCAUUCUAAUUCCUGACCCGAAACGUCGAGUGGGUUUGGAAGAGAUCUGGAACCACCCCUUUCUACACAAGUUCAGCAAAGAGCUGAACUUCGUUGGAGACAAUACCUCGGCCAGUCAUUGGACAGGGCCGCUGCCAUCGAUCGCAAGCUGGGAAACUCUAGAGCGCACGACAAUUAAUCGCGAGAUUUUGCGGUACCUUCGCACUCUCUGGCACAGCGAGAAAGAAGAAGUCAUCAUUCAACGCCUCAUGAGCAGAGAAGCAAACCAGGAAAAGUACUUCUACUCCGCGCUUCAGAAGUACCAACAAGAUCAGCUCGAAAACUAUCAACCAAGUGCUCACCACCCAAUUGCGCAUUCGAACAGCGAUCACCAUCACAAUGUUCGUCGCGACCCGACAAAAGAGGACAUAGAACAUAUGCCAAAGCAGAAGCACAAACGGUCUCAGUCUGGGUAUUCGAUCUUGAACAACGAGCACAUGUAUUCCAAGCAUAGCUUUUACGAAUCGCCUGCAUCAGAAGCCAGCUAUGACCCCUUUCGCGCUUCGCGGCAACCGAUCCUCCCAGAUCGAGCUGCACAUCCCAAUAUUACUGUCCGCCGCAGGAACAGUAACAGCAGUCGUAGUCUUCGACCAACUACAGCUCUGGGUCAUCAUACGGGAAGCUCGUUGCGUGUUCGAGCUCUUCGGAAUUCUAAGCGUAGUUCUGCGGUCUCUCACAGCUCAUCCAAACACACCACCCCAUCACAGCGAUCUGUACACGCCGGCUCUGUCUCACGGUCGUCAUUCGCAAGUUCUUGUUGGCCAAGCAGCCCCCCUGUCGUUGCUCGAGCUGGUGGUAUUGGUAGGCGAGGCGUCAGCUUCUCACAUUUGCACCGUCGAGGAUCGGUCGCGACCGCAAGCACAACAGAGACGGGAGCAGUCCCGUACACAUCGAAUCGGUCAUUCGAUCUUCAACAGGAAUCGAUCGGCUCCUAUGGGUCUUCGCCUCGAUCGAGUACUAUUCAACCUUCCUCUACGCCUCGAGCAAAGUCCAGGGCUUCUGCAAGCACAGGAGCACCUCGCCUUCGAGUGCGGAAGCCGGAGAGUCCUAGCAAGUACAUCCAGAGUGAGGCGCGCAAGGUCAGCACUGAGCUCGGAAAGGUCAUGGAGGAGGCUUUCAAUCGGUCCUCCAUGAGCUCAAGUGUACGGACCACACACACCGACACUUAUCAAGAUGGCACUUUCUCCAACUAUGAUACGCCACCUACCUCGUUCUCAAAUCGAGAUUCGGGCGGCAGCACGAUUGCUACACCAAAUAAGAGAGCUAUGCUUGCAUCUCGACCGCUUCCACCGAUUCCUACAGAAACGCCGAAUACAUUCCUCCACCGGAAGCUUGUUGAGACCCGAGACGACAUUGCCCGUCGGCUGACAGAGGACAGCGAUAAUACGAAGCACUUUACUGAAGUACUCGAACAUCUGGAUCGAUUGAUUUUGCCGUCUGCUGAUACUAAGCGGGUUGUGUCUGCCCCUGCUCGAUCCCCAGAGCAUAUAGCACCCUUGCACGUGAUACCAGAGGAGGUGAAGGUCGAUGGUGGAGCUGGGUUUGAGAUGACCCAUAGCCCUCACUAUCGAGCUGUCACUGAUCCGGUUAGGCCUCAAGCUCGACGUGCAGUGACAGCUCAAGAAACAAUUCGCAUUGUCGACCAAUCACCGAAUCGCAUUGCACCUCUGAACAUUCGGAAGCGUAGUGGCGCGAGCCUUUCUUCCAAGUGUACAAACGAGAUACCGCUUUCUGUCCCAUGGCCAGGACCUAGCACGCAGAAUUCUGUUCGAUCCUACCAUGACGUGCAGAGAGACUUACUUGCUGCACGUAAGCAUGCUACAUCCCAUCCAACAUCUGAGAGUCAGCCGAUUGUCAAGAAGAAGAAAUCUCUAUGGUUUCGUCGCACCACCGAACAGAAAGAACAGCAAGAUAAGCCCGACAUACAACUCAAAACAAAGAAGCCGAACGCCCUUCUGCAGAUUCCUGAAGCUUGGCAAGGCCUCGAUGAUCGUAUCAAGAACGACCCCUCCCCCACGCUGGGCACUCAUAGUGAGGCCACUAAGCAUGCCUCGAAGCAAUCUGAUGGUAGCAACACCAGCGAGUUUCCCAUGCGCAACACAGGUUCAGCUGCUGCUAAGAGCGACAGCGGCCCGCGAAAAGGUCUUUUUGGUUUAUUUGGCAAGAAGAAAGAGGAGAAGGUCAAAGGCCCCAUGGAACUUGAUCUCAACUCUAGCUCAUCGUCCAUCCUCUCCAGUCAUGGAAUCGGGCUCGACUCAAGCGAAUCGGUGAACCGCGGUGGUCCGCCCGAUGUGCAGAUGAAUUGGCUUUCCCGUUUCCUGCACAUCAAGCCUGCUGCUAAGACUCUCUGCUUCCACGUAGGCCGGGGCAAAGUUCGCGGGGAUUUGGUCCGCUUGCUGCGAGACUGGCAGCGAUUUGGCGUUCGUGAUGUGAUCUUUGAUCGCAAAGCCAACACCAUCAACGCCCGUGUGGACAAAAUAAAUCAUCUCAAGAUCAAGCCAGUAUCUUUUGUUGUCGAACUUUUCGUCGUUCUAGAGCAUGGUAAUCGAGCCAGUCUUUGCCUGGCCCGAUUUACCCAGAGCCGGGGUGCAGCAUCAAGCUUCCGUAAGGUUGUGGAUAUCGUCGAGGAUGUCUGCCGUGCCAAGUCCAUGCUAGUUGAGGAUCCCGAGAAACAAGCAACGAUGAUCGAGGUGCUAGGCUAGGACAACAAAAUCGGGACUUGAGGCAAGGCCAGGUGGCAGGUCUUAUGAAUCAUCGGCGGUAUACUUUCCCACCUACGAGGGUACACAACGCCUGAACAUUUGUUGAGUACGUCUGGCAGAUGCUUGGAUACACGGUCUUGGAGCUUGUCUUCGCGAACGAUACCCUCAGCAGCUCUACACAUCACAGUUAGUUUGAGUAGCAUCAGACGGCACUCUCUCAUCAGCCCCACAAUCACUGCCACUCUAGGCACAUGUUAUGGCACAGUGUAAUGUUUCACUCGGACUUCUUUGUAGUUAUUAGCGUUGGUGUCAUGUCAAUAUCUGCAGUGGGGAUUUGGGGUUCAGGCAGGUUUGCGUUUGUCAGCCGAUUAAGGGCUCUAAUGAGUAAUCCGUGAGCGAUU